UCUGAUGUGCAAAAUGACGUAUGCGAGGAGGAGCUUCUAGACGAUGAGGAGCAAAAUUUUCCUCUCCUGUUUUUUUUUGACAGCCGCAGGAGACACGAAUCGUACGCCCGAAUGACCAUGAUAUUGGGUGGUGUAUAGUGCAGCGCGAAGGCCUUUCCCCGGUGAUCGAUGCCAAGAUAGGAAAAGUUGGACAUCCUCUGAGUCAUGUUUUGUGUCUUGUAGGGAGGUUUUUGAACCUUUCAUCGACUUGUUCUUUUUUAACCGAUGGGUUACGAUAGUAUAUAGUGCAGUCGCCUGCAAAUAGUAGUAUAGGAAAGGAGGUUUUCGAAAGGAAUGUACAAUUUGAAGAUUGAAACAAUUUACUGCAGGGCAAGUAACAUACAAGGAUUGCGGUUAUCGUUUGCUGGAAGAUGGAUUACUGAAUGGUUCUAUUUAUGAGUAAUAUCUAAAAAUUUAAGCAGUGAAUCACGCAGGGUGGAAUAUUAUAUAAAUUGAUUCAUUUGGCUGGUAUCAAUCGUGAAGUCAUAAAAACUGAUUAAAAUUCAAUAUCUUAACACGGUGCAAGGCAUGAAUUUGGGAAGUUCCGCUGGAACAAGCACUUCCGGUCAUACCAGCAGCUAUACGGGCACCAGCAGCAGCGGCUCGGUGGCAGGUGGAAGUAACAACAGCAACGAAAUGCCUGUGGAGAUUCGCCCGAAGGUGGUUACGGUGAAACAUCCGGAGUCAAACAAGCCCAAGCCAACUACCAAGAAGGGAAAGGCAAUCCAAGCCGAUGUAGAUGUGAUAAAAGAGUUCCAACGCUGCAAGGAGGAAAACAUUCAAAGGCUUGACCUGAGUAAAUCCUCCAUCACCGUUAUUCCGGCUUCGGUCAAAGACUGCACCAGUCUGGUGGAAUUCUAUCUAUACGGUAACAAGAUAAGCUGCCUUCCUGCAGAAAUCGGCUGUUUAUCGAAUUUGAAAACAUUAGCCCUGAAUGAAAAUUCUCUAACUUCACUGCCCGAUACUCUGCAGAAUUUGAAACAGUUGAAAGUGUUAGACUUGCGACACAACAAGCUCUCCGAUAUUCCGGAUGUGAUCUACAAGCUUCAUACGUUGACCACUCUGUAUUUGCGCUUCAACCGCAUCAAGGUGGUAGGUGAAAAUUUACGAAAUUUAAGCAAUCUUACCAUGCUUAGCUUGCGGGAGAACAAAAUACAUGAGCUGCCGGUGGCAAUCGGGCACUUGGUUAACCUGACAACGCUAGAUUUGUCCCACAAUCACCUGAAGCAUCUACCGGAAGCAAUCGGUAAUUGCCUGAACUUGACGGCGUUGGAUUUGCAGCACAAUGAUUUGCUGGACAUUCCCGAAACGAUAGGUAAUCUGGCGAAUCUGAUGCGGCUAGGACUAAGGUACAACCAGCUAACAUCGAUCCCUGUUUCGUUGAAAAACUGCAUCCACAUGGACGAGUUCAACGUCGAAGGCAACGGCAUCAGCCAGUUGCCUGAUGGACUUCUGGCUAGCUUGAGUAAUCUAACCACCAUAACCCUAUCUCGGAAUGCUUUCCACAGCUAUCCGUCCGGAGGACCUGCUCAGUUCACCAACGUCACCAGUAUUAACAUGGAGCACAAUCAGAUCGACAAAAUUCAGUAUGGAAUCUUUUCUCGUGCCAAAGGGCUAACCAAACUCAACAUGAAGGAAAACGCUCUUACCUCGCUACCGCUGGACAUCGGCACCUGGACACAAAUGGUCGAACUAAAUUUCGGCACCAAUUCGCUCACCAAACUCCCGGACGAUAUACACUGUCUGCAAAACCUUGAGAUCCUCAUUCUGUCCAAUAACUUGUUGAAACGAAUUCCCAAUACGAUCGGCAACCUGAAGAAGCUCCGAGUGUUGGAUCUCGAGGAGAAUCGUUUGGAAUCUUUACCAUCGGAGAUUGGUCUUUUGCACGAUUUGCAAAAGCUCAUCCUUCAAUCGAAUCAACUGGCCUCCCUUCCUCGAACAAUUGGGCAUCUGACCAAUCUGACCUAUCUUUCCGUUGGGGAAAAUAAUCUACAGUAUCUACCGGAGGAGAUCGGUACCCUGGAAAACCUUGAAUCGCUCUAUAUAAACGAUAAUGCUUCACUGAUAAAAUUACCUUACGAGCUAGCAUUAUGUCAGAAUCUGGCUAUUAUGAGCAUUGAAAAUUGUCCCCUGUCCGCCCUACCACCGGAAGUGGUCAGCGGAGGUCCCAGUCUGGUGAUACAGUAUCUAAAACUACACUCACCCUACCGACAAAUGUGAUUUGUUACGAAGGCAAUCGUAAAUACCCUGGUGGCAUAAGGAAUUGAUUUGGAUUAGAGUGCCCACUGAACGAACUUCCCUUGUUGCAACUUAUAGAGUUGAUCCGUUCGUAAUGUAUGUGUAUGUGUGUGUGUGGAAGCGAUUACACGACGACACGAGCAAACGAGUUUUUUUUAUCGAAAAAAGAUAGUAAAAUAAAAUAAAAUCAAUGUGAUUUGAAUAAAGCUUUAAUAAUAUUGCUACUAGAAAACAAAAACAAUGGUAAAGAAGAAAACAGUAAUAUUUGUAGAAAAAAAAAAUCGACGUGUUUAAAACACAGCAGGUGGAUCCGUUAAUUUAAGUAAAAUUGUAUAGUUGAUGUGUAUAAACCUUUUGGAAGUUUGUUGUACUGAAUAGACUGGACAACGCUGGGAGGGUCUAUUCGAAUGAUUUAGAUAAACGACGAAGGAUUUAGGAGGAAUCCAUCGACAUCAGUAGUUUUGCUAGAAGACUGGCGGAACUUACGUUGCACUACUGACUGUGCCAUUAAGGUAUUCUGACUAAAAUGGUAGAUAAUUUCAAUUUGUACCUAAACCGAUGGACAACAGAUGAUAGACGACGACCACCCAGCAAGCGCCGAUGUGACAUUCGUGCACAGAAAGGUAUCGAAUUUCUUGCAUCCUUUUGCAUGGAAGAGAGGUUAGUGCCGAGGUACAACCAAACAGCAUGAACAUUUUCAUGAUACAAAACCUACACGCACGUUAGCGACCCGACCUGACUUCUGUUUUGUCCAGUAGGCUGAAGAGAGGUGGAGUCCCUAUGUUCGCGCAUUUUGCUGAAAUACAAACGAUGGUUUAACGUAAUUUGAUCUCAUUUAUUUUUUGGAUGGUUGAUCCUUUCCCUUCUUCGUUGAGGGUCAUCAACAUAAACGAAAUAUGUAUUAAGCAGACAAUGAAGAGAUACCCAGCAGGGCAAAAUUAAUUGUGAAACUAUACGAAUGCUAUUACUUGUAGUCCGAAGUUAUACUGCGUUUUUUGUACUAAUGCUAAAACUACGAAUAAUCGAUUCAGAAGGCAAUCACUUUUAGUUUGUAUAACCCUUACGACGAAAACUAAUCUAUACAUACUAUUCCUGUUAUUGUGGUUAAUGUUAAUCACCAUGUUAGAUUGAAUAGGAAAAGUAAAUGCAGUGAAAUUUUAUUUUUAAGGAGAUGCUCAAACUGGUGUGAUUGUUUUCACAACGCAAACUCCGAUCUAACGACACAUUUUUAAGCAUUUAGUUUGUUUUAAGUCGCUCUCUUGUCGGAAGAGUGAGAACGGUCGGCGGAAACUCGGUUAGACACGGAACGAACUGCAACGAAUUUAUAGAUGUUGUUUAGAGCGAUGUUGCUUUAUUUUAGUUCUGUAGGUGACCAUUUGUAGAUCAUUAGGUUUGUAAUGUUAGAGGAUUUUCUGUUCGUUUCCUGCGAUUGUUAGAAAUUAUCUUCAGAACUAGACAAUUGUUGGGCAAUAGUGACUAAAAUUGCUUAAACAUGUGCAUGCCACACUAUACACAGAUAAACGAGCAAAAAUUUGUUUACCUUUCUAGUCAGAUACAUUUGGAAAAUGCGCUUAACGGUACAUUAGUGAGAUUGAGGUAACACAUAUUGACAGACUUUUGUUUCUAAGAGCAAAUUAACUCUUUGAGAAAAAAAUGGAAAAUGGCCUAAUAAAAUUGUAGUAAAAGGGAAAAGAAUGUGCGAAUGAAAAUAUUACAACAAAGAAACUGCAUGAAUCUGCGAAUUAAUGUAAACAAAAUUGGUAUAAGCGGAUUAAAACUGUUAGUGACAGAACAAAUGAAAACAUUUCAAAGAAUAAUACAGUGCAUAAAAACUAAGCAGAAAAACAUGUGUGUUUAAGGAAACAUCUCUCCAAAAUAUACCCAAACGACGCUGAAAUAGAGAACAGAGACCCAUGCUCUAGUAUUGAGAAAGAAGAUCCCACAGACUCUCCGUAGACAUAACUGACUUAAAUAUAAUCAACUUGUGGAAUUAUUUUUAGUUGCUGGACGUCUAGUAAGCAAGUAGAAGUAGUGGUAGUUCUUUAAUUUGAAUAUAAACAACGAGAUAGGAAGGUUUAUAGUGCCAUGUUGUGUUAUUUUUACCGGCUCAGAAGGCUGCUCUAUGUAUUGAAGGUAAGCCGAAAAGAGUGGGCGGAUACCGAGUUCAGAUUUCAGUUAUUCCUUUGAAAGAAACAUCACAAACUAAAGCUACAAAUAGAAGUACAUAUUUGUUGAAAUAUUUGUAUCUACAACGUUGAUUCAAAAGAGCAUAAAAGGUUGGAAAUAAUUUUAAAUGGGGUAAACAAGAAAAAAAGAGAAACAUAAUACGCACACAAAUUAAGUAUUCAGAAGAAUGACGUUGAAAGUAAUGUUUAAUAACCAUAGAAGCGCUAUUGAAUAAGCAAACAAAAAACGAGAAAAUAAACUGUAUGUACUGUAUAGUCUAAUUAUAUAUGACUGUGAAAAAAUA